GUCCUCCGCCCCUCGUUCCCGCCCAGCUCGCGCUGCCCGGGCGGGCGCCGGCCGCUGGCGCCGCUACUGCUGCCGCCCCCGGGCGCAAGUUGGUCGCCCGCCGCCCGGGGACCCGGCGAGGGGCGGGGGCAGCCCCGUAACUGGCCCCGAUCUCCCCCACACCAGUGUCUCAACGCUUCCCGGAAAGUUUGUCCCUUUGCACUCCGCGGAGCUGCCCCGGGGACCCAGCCGCGACGAGGAGCCGAGAGGUGCCAGGCCCCGGGCGGCCGUCGGUCCGCUGGACAGGAGGAUGGGGUCCGCAUGGCCGUCCAGAGAGGCGGAGGCCUUUUUGAUAACUCGUUCGGAAAGGGUUUCCCCCACAGCCCCAGCUGGUGUGGCCAGGCCCCAAGUGUAGGAUGGGGCUCUCCCUACGAGGGCCGGUGGCAGCCAGAACUGAUACAGCCCCCCUGGUCUGGGGUCAGGACACCAGCUGAGGAGGGUAGGAGUAUCUGGAGCCAUGGCUGGUGCUUCAGUGAAAGUGGCAGUGAGGGUUCGGCCCUUCAAUGCCCGUGAGACCAGCCAGGAUGCCAAGUGUGUGGUCAGCAUGCAGGGCAACACCACCUCCAUCAUCAAUCCCAAGCAGAGCAAAGAUGCACCCAAAAGCUUCACCUUUGACUAUUCCUACUGGUCACACACUUCGGUCGAGGACCCUCAGUUUGCGUCUCAACAACAAGUGUAUCGGGACAUUGGAGAGGAGAUGCUGCUCCAUGCCUUUGAAGGCUACAACGUGUGCAUCUUCGCCUAUGGGCAGACGGGGGCUGGGAAAUCCUACACUAUGAUGGGGCGGCAGGAGCCAGGGCAGCAGGGCAUUGUGCCCCAGCUUUGUGAGGACCUUUUCUCUCGUGUUAGUGAGAACCAGAGCGCACAGCUAUCCUAUUCUGUGGAGGUGAGCUAUAUGGAGAUUUAUUGUGAGCGGGUACGAGACCUCUUAAACCCUAAGAGUCGGGGCUCUCUGCGGGUCCGGGAACAUCCCAUCCUGGGCCCCUAUGUGCAAGACCUGUCUAAAUUGGCUGUGACCUCCUAUGCAGACAUUGCUGACCUUAUGGACUGUGGAAAUAAGGCUCGGACUGUGGCUGCAACCAAUAUGAAUGAGACCAGUAGCCGUUCCCAUGCUGUCUUUACCAUUGUCUUCACGCAGCGCUGCCAUGACCAGCUCACUGGGCUAGACUCAGAGAAGGUCAGUAAGAUCAGUUUGGUGGACCUUGCAGGGAGCGAGCGGGCUGACUCCUCAGGGGCCCGGGGCAUGCGCCUAAAGGAAGGCGCUAACAUCAAUAAGUCCCUGACUACCCUAGGGAAGGUGAUCUCGGCACUUGCGGAUAUGCAAUCAAAGAAGCGGAAGUCGGAUUUUAUCCCUUACAGGGACUCUGUGCUCACCUGGCUGCUCAAGGAGAAUUUGGGUGGGAACUCACGCACAGCAAUGAUUGCAGCCUUGAGCCCUGCUGACAUCAAUUACGAGGAGACUCUGAGCACCCUCAGGUAUGCCGACCGCACCAAGCAGAUCCGCUGCAAUGCUGUCAUCAACGAGGACCCUAAUGCCCGGCUGAUCAGAGAGCUGCAGGAGGAGGUGGCCCGGCUGCGGGAACUGCUGAUGGCACAGGGGCUCUCAGCCUCUGCUCUGGGAGGCCUGAAGGUGGAAGAGGGGAGUGUCGGAGGUGCUCUGCCUGCUGUAUUGUCUCCCCCUGCUCCAGCUUCACCGUUGUCCCCUGUAGCGCAUAACGGGGAGUUGGAGCCAUCAUUUUCCCCUAAUGCUGAGCCCCAGAUUGGGCCUGAGGAGGCCAUGGAGAGGCUGCAGGAGACAGAGAAGAUUAUAGCUGAGCUGAAUGAGACGUGGGAGGAAAAGCUACGCAAGACAGAAGCCCUGAGGAUGGAAAGAGAAGCAUUGCUGGCUGAGAUGGGGGUCGCUGUCCGGGAGGAUGGGGGAACUGUGGGCGUCUUCUCUCCAAAGAAGACUCCCCACCUGGUGAACCUAAACGAAGACCCCCUGAUGUCUGAGUGUCUGCUCUACCACAUCAAAGAUGGUGUCACCAGGGUCGGCCAGGUAGAUGUGGAUAUCAAGCUGACUGGACAGUUCAUUCGGGAGCAGCAUUGUCUGUUCCGGAGCAUCCCUCAGCCGGACGGAGAAGUGGUGGUCACACUGGAGCCUUGUGAAGGGGCUGAGACAUAUGUCAACGGGAAGCUUGUGACGGAGCCGCUGGUGCUGAAGUCAGGGAAUAGGAUUGUGAUGGGCAAGAACCACGUUUUCCGCUUUAAUCACCCGGAGCAGGCGCGGCUAGAACGGGAACGAGGGGUCCCGCCACCCCCAGGACCACCCUCUGAGCCCGUCGACUGGAACUUUGCCCAGAAGGAACUGCUGGAGCAGCAGGGCAUCGACAUCAAGCUAGAGAUGGAGAAGAGGCUGCAGGAUCUGGAGAAUCAGUAUCGGAAAGAAAAGGAGGAGGCUGAUCUUCUGCUGGAGCAGCAGCGACUGUAUGCAGACUCUGACAGUGGGGACGACUCUGACAAGCGCUCCUGUGAGGAGAGCUGGCGGUUGAUUUCGUCUUUGCGGGAGCAGCUGCCCCCCACCACAGUGCAGACCAUCGUCAAGCGCUGUGGCCUGCCCAGCAGUGGCAAGCGCCGGGCACCUCGCAGGGUCUAUCAGAUCCCCCAGCGGCGGCGGCUACAGGGCAAAGACCCCCACUGGGCCACGAUGGCUGACCUGAAGAUGCAGGCAGUGAAGGAGAUCUGCUACGAAGUGGCCCUGGCCGAUUUCCGCCAUGGGCGGGCCGAGAUCGAGGCCCUGGCUGCCCUCAAGAUGCGGGAGCUGUGUCGCACCUAUGGCAAGCCAGAGGGCCCUGGAGAUGCCUGGAGGGCUGUGGCCCGGGAUGUCUGGGACACGGUGGGCGAGGAGGAAGGAGGUGGAGGUGGCUGCGGUGGCAGUGAAGAGGGAGCCCGCGGGGCAGAGGUGGAGGACCUCAGGGCCCACAUCGACAAGCUGACGGGGAUUCUGCAGGAGGUGAAGCUGCAGAACAGCAGCAAGGACCGAGAGCUGCAGGCCCUGAGGGACCGCAUGCUCCGCAUGGAGAGGGUCAUCCCCCUGGCCCAGGAUCAUGAGGAUGAGAGUGAAGAAGCCGGAGAGGUACUUUGGGCCACACCGGAAGGAUCAGAAGCGGUAGAGGAGGCAGACCCCAGUGACCGUGCGCCCCCAGCCCGACCCCCGUCACCACCCCUGUCAAGCUGGGAGCGGGUGUCACGGCUGAUGGAGGAGGACCCUGCCUUCCGUCGGGGUCGCCUUCGCUGGCUCAAGCAGGAGCAGCUACGGCUACAGGGACUGCAGGGCUCUGGUGGCCGGGGAGGGGGGCUGCGCAGGCCCCCAGCCCGCUUUGUGCCCCCUCACGACUGCAAGCUGCGCUUCCCCUUCAAGAGCAACCCCCAGCAUCGGGAGUCCUGGCCAGGAAUGGGGAGUGGGGAGGCUCCAGCUGCACCCCAACCCCCUGAGGAGGUCAUUCCUGUUCCAGCCGCCCCUGCCCGCAGGCCUCCGAGUCCCCGCAGAUCCCACCGUCCUCGCAGAAACUCCCUGGACGGAGGGGGCCGAUCCCGGGGAGGGGCUUCUGCACAACCCGAACCCCAGCACUUCCAGCCCAAAAAGCACAACUAUUAUCCCCAGCAGCCUCAACCUUACCCAGCCCAGCGGCCCCCAGGGCCCCGCUACCCCCCAUACACAACUCCCCCUCGAAUGAGACGGCAGCGCUCAGCCCCUGACCUCAAGGAGAGUGGGGCGGCCGUGUGAAUCUCACAUGGGGCAGAGGGCCUGCUGGGGCCCUCAUUGGGAGAAGGGAAGAUGCCCAAGACGUUGCCCCAGAAGCGCUGGGGAAGGGAGGCCCAGGAGAUGAGAGAGAAGGUCCGCGUAGGUGAUAGAAGACUUAGGGAGACUGAGCCGGAGGCUGAGGGAAGGAAGAGGGCGUGGAGUUGCCAGGAGCAAACCAAAGUGAAGAAAGAGGGAUGGAAAGCUGCCUCGGGUGCCCCUUGCAGAGAGGGGCCCACAAACGCUGCUAUGGGUGGGGUGGGGGGCUGGGGUGCCACUUACCAGUGUUUGACUUUCUUUUCAAGUGGGAGGGGGGAAAGAGGAGAGAAGAGAGUAAGGCUAGUUCUUCUCCCUGGCCCCUGUCUGUCUGUCUGUGGUGGGUUUCUGUUUCCAGGGAGGUGUGGCAAGAUCUUUAAGUCAUUCCCCUCCCCUUCCAGGCCUCCUGCUAUAUUUGGGGGAACCUGACUGGUUUGGCUAGAGUCCCACAGUGGUGUGGGGCCCUUUAAUAAAGGAUAGCAAACAGG